AUGACUGCUGUCCGGGAAAAAAGGGUGUUGCGUUUCCCACACUCGUCGUUGCUUUUUUCGCAGCUGGUGGUUCUGGUCGCGCUGCUGCCUUUUCUAGACACGGCGCGGGCGGUGCGGGUGCGCUCCACCACGCAGGACCUCACGCUUGAGGUGAACCGGGAGGAGGUCUGCAUGUACUCCGUCGGCCUCGACUCAAAUGAGGGGGCGAUGCUGCACUACCGCGUCCUGCGUGGGGGCGAUGACUUUGACCUGCGCAUUCGCAACCCAAGGAACAGGACGGUGUACGUGUCAUACGCGGGGGAGCACGACUUGGAGGAUCGCGUGUAUUUCACCAAGCACAUGCGUGGCGAGUACUCAUACUGCGUUGACAACCGCCCCUACUCCGGCGGCACUAAGGCAGUCAAGAUGAGCAUCGGGCUGACCUCGCUGAAGCGGUGGAAGGACCGCAUUGACCCUCUCACGAGGAGCAUGCUGCGCACAGACAGCUUCAUGUUGGGCCUCCAUGAGGACCAGAUCCUCUUCCGCCUGCGCGAGCGAAGCCUGCGGGAUAACAUUGAGGAGAGCAAGAAGCUGCUGAUUGCGACCGGCGUCGCUGAGUCGGUGGUCAUUGUCCUCCUCUCCUUCCUGCACGUUAUCCUCAUCAAGCACCUCUUUGCCAAAAGGGGCACGAGGGUCAUCGCGUGA